ACAAAAUUGACAGCAAAAAACAGUUACUAUUGGUUAAGCCAAUCAGAGAACAGAUAUUUCUUCUUUCGGGCAGUGUUCAAGAUUGAAAAUGGAGCACCAACGAACAGCAGGUAAACAAAAACUUGUUUUUUCGUGUUAAAUGUUUAUAAAAUGUGUUAACUUUUUAUUUAUUAUUGAGAUAUGGUUAUGGUUUAUAGGUAAAUGUUAUAGUUUUAUCAAAACUUAAUCGUCUGGAUUGAAUAAUUAGCCAAAUAUCAGUAUGUUCGUUUUAAAGUACUUUCGGUUUUAGCUAUAUAAUUAGGCAUAUUCAAUUUGUACGGGAAAAAGGAUAUUCGGCAUUUAUUUAGAGUAAUACUAUAAAUGUAACUUUUGGAUGUUUGGAUGUUGUAACUCAAUCACAUUAUAAUUACUAAACGGAUUUUGAUGAAACUUUGUAGUAUUAUAGCUUAUGUUUCUGAAUACCACAUAGGUUACUUUUUAUCCCGGAUUUCCUAUAAAAUUUCAUUGAUUUGUUUUUUUUCCUAUUUAGAAUUGACUGAUGAACAAUUGGAAACAAUUUUAAACGAAUCUGAAUUUGAAGAUGAGGAUUCGGAUACAGCCGAACCCUUCCCAGAAGAUUUAGACCACCUUUGUAGUACAACGUCAGAAUCUGAAGCCGAACCAGAAGCCACACCGCAACCAGUACAGAUAGCAACUAGCCUGAGAAGAGUGCGUACUAGAGGUGGUUAUCGUUCUCGAGGUAGAGUACUUACUCGAGGCGGCAGGGCCCAAAGAUUUCCAGUUACUCCAGAAAAUGAAGAACUUUGGGGGAGACGGAGUUUUACUAAGUCAAUGCCACAUUUGCAAGAGCCUUCUUAUCCAUCUAAUAAUGUAAAUUCCGAAGAUUUAAUGAAAUACCUUAACGAGUAUAUUGACGACAAUUUGAUCGAUACCAUUGUUCAAAAAACUAAUCAGACUUCAAUUGAAAAAACUGGAAGAAGUAUUAAUUUAACUAGGGAAGAAUGCUAUAUUUAUUUUGGGAUAACAUUACUUAUGGCGUGCUUACCACUGUCUCAAAUCAGAAUUUACUGGAACCAAAAAUAUGCUUUACCUGUGAUUACACAAGCCAUGACGCGAGACAGAUAUUUUUUGUUGAGAAAUUCAAUGAAGGUAGUUUUUGAUAAUGACAUAACUAUGGAUAUGAGGAAACAGGACAAGCUUUGGAAAGUUCGUCCUCUAUUAGAUAGAAUUCUCCAAGGCUGCAAAGCACAAGGGAGGCAGCAGAAAAUUUCUAUAGAUGAAAUGAUCAUUCCAUUUACUGGGGCCUGUCCAAUACGACAGUAUUGCCCUGGCAAGCCCCAUCCGACUGGUAUGAAAGCUUUUGUUUUGGCCAAUCCAAAUGGUCUUGUUUGCGAUUUAACUAUUUACCAAGGAAAAGAGACUUUUGCAUAUGAUAACCAAUUUCAUUUAGGUGAAAACGUUGUACUUAAACUUACUGAAUCUUUAGUGCCUGGUCAUUUGAUUUAUUUUGAUAGAUAUUUUACUACGGUUAGAUUGGCAGACGAACUUGCUAAAAGAGGCUUAAAAUGUACUGGAACUAUAAUGAAAAAUCGCGUGCCAAAAGAAGUAAUCAAUAAAAUAGACGAUGAUAAAACUUUAAUGAGGAAAGGAAGAGGGAGUUGUGACGUACUAGUCCGAAAUGAUGGGGAGGUGGCAUUCACUAAAUGGAUGGACAAUAAAUCUGUGUUACUGCUGUCCACUAUUCAUGCUGCUGAAAAUUUUGAUGACUGUAGAAGAUACAACAGAUCAACAAGACAAUACUUAUUUGUUUCACGUCCCGAAGUUAUAAAAGAGUAUAAUAGCAAUAUGGGCGGAGUAGAUUUAACCGACAGAUUAAUAGCAGUAUGCCCAAGUAGAGCACGAACUCGUAAAUGGACCGUAAGGUUCAUAUCCCAUUGCUUGGACUUAUCUAUCACGAAUUCAUGGAUUAAAUUUAAACAAGAACAGAUAGAAAAAGGUAUCCGUAGACAUAAAAUAGUACAACUUAGAGAGUUCAAAAGACUGAUAGCAGAAAGACUAAUAGAAGAGAAUCUCUACAGAGAGGAUGAUUUGCUGGAUGAUAGUGGUGAACCGGAGGAAAGAAGAAACGUAAAAAAGAGGCGUCCGCCAAUAGUGCCUUUGCCUUCUAAAUUGAGACGAAAGCAUGGCACUGAUCAUUUACCAGAAAUGUUAACAACUCAGAGUCGUUGUAGAAAUGAAGGAUGUUCUAAAAAAACAUCAGUAAAAUGUUUAGGAUGUAAUCUGUCGCUUUGCUUAACAGCAAAACGAAAUUGCUUUAAGCUAUUUCAUAAUUCUGAUUAAAUUUUUUCUUUUUCUUUAUAAUUUUAUUUUUUAUUUUCUAUUUUUGUAUGGAGCUAUUAAUUAUAACAUUCCAUAAUUGGGUUAUUAAUAUUAGCUUGUUCUUUUGUAUGUUCCUUAUUUUACUAAGAAUUCUUAUGACAUUAACUUUGAUAAAUAAUUCAGACUGAUAGAAGUAAGACUUGAGUUUCGUGAUUUUAUAACUUGUUUUUACAUUAUAAUAAAAAAGUUUAAUAAAAGUUGAUUAU